GGUUUGUGAGUCUCUUAACAUCGUUGAGUACAUCGAUGAGACGUGGAACUCGUCUGGACAGUCCAUUCUUCCUUCCCAUCCUCAUGAUCGAGCUCUUGCUCGCUUCUGGUCUGCCUUCGUUGAUAACAAGUGGUUUCCGGCUUUGAAAUUGGCGACAAUCACCAAAUCAGAAGAUGCAAAAGCGAAAGCCAUGGAAGAAGUGGAAGAAGGGUUGUUGCAACUAGAGGAUGCGUUUGUGUCUAUAAGCAAAGGGAAACCGUUUUUUGGUGGUGAAGCAAUCGGGUUUAUGGACAUUUGCUUGGGAAGCUUUUUGGUUCUCUUGAAAGCUAUGGAGGAGUUUAAAGGGGAAAAACUUUUAGACGAAUCAAAAACUCCUUCUCUUUGUAAAUGGGGAGGUGAAUUCUUUUCUGACGAGACGGUAAAGAAUGUGGUGCCGGACAUCAAGAAAGUAGCUGAGUUUCUACGUGAGCUUGAGGUUAGAGCUCAGUCCGCAGCUUCAAGAUCUUGAGACCAUCUUAGACAUGUAUUGCAAUGCAAGUGUCAAGUAUGUACAUGUGAGUAGAAAAUAAUAAGUUUAAGUUUAAGUGUUGUUCAGUGUAUGCUACGAUCUUAAUAAUGAUGCAAUUUAUAUGUUGUUUCCAUUUUAUGUU